CCGCAGCGCCCGGCCCCAGGCAGUGGCAGCUCAAGUCCGCCUCGCGUGCGGAGGAUCUGCGCGAAGAUUCCCCCGCUUCUGCCCGGUGCCCACUGGCGUGAGUGAGCCCAGCGGGGAGGCCCUUGGGUCGGAGAGAAGGGGUGCGCUGCGGAGGGAGCGCGACUCCUGAGCUUGGACGUCGGCGGCUGAGCGCGGGUAGAGCGGCCGCUCCUCGGGCCGGAGUUCCUAGCUGGCGACAGGUCCCCUGACCUUCGUCUGCCCCUUUGGACCGUGUGGCUAUCGGAUGCUGACAGGCCAGAUGCAGAUGGGCUCGGUGUGGUCGCACCACCACCCGCUCCUUUCUUAGCUGGGGGACUGAUGCCCCAGAAUCUUCACGAGAAAAGCCAGGCCUACCCCCGCCACCGCCCUGGUCGCCAGGCGGGCCAUAAGAGCCCCGAAGACGUCUCAGCAGCAGCCAUGUACACCUUCCUGCCCGACAAUUUCUCACCUGGCAAACCCAAGCCCACCAAAGAGCUGAGGCCCCUGCUGGGCUCGGCAUUCCUGGGGCUGCUGCUGGUGCUGGCCGCGGUCGUGGCCUGGUGCUACUACAGCGCCUCCCUGCGCAAAGCGGAACGCCUGCGCGCCGAGCUGCUGGACCUCAACCGCGGCGGCUUCUCCAUCCGCAACCAGAAGGGCGAGCAGGUCUUCCGCUUGGCCUUCCGUUCGGGCGCGCUGGACCUGGACUCCUGCAGCCGCGAGGGCGCCCUCCUGGGCUGCUCGCGCGCGGCCGACGGGCGCCCGCUGCACUUCUUCAUCCAGACGGUGCGGCCCAAGGACACGGUCAUGUGUUACCGCGUGCGCUGGGAGGAGACGGCCCCGGGGCGCGCCGUGGAGCACGCCAUGUUCCUGGGCGACGCAGCUGCGCACUGGUACGGCGGCGCCGAGAUGAGGACGCAGCACUGGCCAAUCCGCCUGGACGGCCAUCAGGAACCGCAGCCGUUCGUCACGAGCGACGUGUACUCUUCCGACGCGGCCUUCGGGGGCAUCCUCGAGCGCUACUGGCUGUCUUCGCGCGCGGCUGCCAUCAAGGUCAACGACUCGGUGCCCUUCCACCUGGGCUGGAACGGCACGGAGCGGUCGAUGCGGCUGCAGGCGCGCUACCACAACACGUCCUACAAGCCGCCCGCGGACCGCGGCGGCGCCGCGCCGGAGCUCAGCUACCGCGUGUGCGUGGGCUCCGACGUCACGUCCAUCCACAAGUACAUGGUCCGGCGUUACUUCAACAAGCCGUCGCGGGUGCCGGCGGCCGAGGCCUUCCGGGACCCCAUCUGGUCCACGUGGGCGCUGUACGGGCGUGCCGUGGACCAGGACAAGGUGCUGCGCUUUGCCCAGCAGAUCCGCCAGCACCGUUUCAACAGCAGCCACCUGGAAAUCGACGACAUGUACACGCCGGCUUACGGCGACUUCGACUUGGACGAGGUCAAGUUCCCCAACGCCAGCGACAUGUUCCGGCGCCUGCGCGACGCCGGCUUCCGCGUCACGCUGUGGGUGCACCCGUUCGUCAACUACAACUCAUCGCGCUUCGGGGAGGGCGUGGAGCGGGAGCUGUUCGUGCGCGAGCCCACGGGCCGCCUGCCCGCGCUCGUGCGCUGGUGGAACGGCAUCGGCGCCGUGCUCGACUUCACGCGCCCCGAGGCCCGCGACUGGUUCCAGGGCCACCUGCGGCGGCUGCGCGCGCGCUACAGCGUGGCCUCCUUCAAGUUCGACGCGGGCGAGGUCAGCUACCUGCCGCGGGACUUCAGCACCUUCAGGCCGCUGUCCGACCCCAGCGUGUGGAGCCGGCGCUACACCGAGAUGGCGCUGCCCUUCUUCUCGCUGGCCGAGGUCCGCGUGGGCUACCAGUCCCAGAACAUCUCCUGCUUCUUCCGCCUGGUGGACCGCGACUCGGUGUGGGGUUACGACCUGGGCCUGCGCUCUCUCAUCCCGGCCGUGCUCACGGUCAGCAUGCUGGGCUACCCAUUCAUCCUGCCCGAUAUGGUGGGCGGCAACGCGGUGCCCGGGCGCACGGCCGGCCGCGAAGAUGGGCCGGGGCCCGAGCGCGAGCUCUACAUCCGCUGGCUGGAGGUGGCCGCCUUCAUGCCGGCCAUGCAGUUCUCCAUCCCUCCCUGGCUGUACGACGCGGAGGUGGUGGCCAUCGCGCACAAGCUCGCCGCCCUGCGGGCCUCGCUCGUGGCGCCGCUGCUGCUGGAGCUGGCGGGUGAGGUCACCGACACGGGCGACCCCAUCGUGCGCCCUCUCUGGUGGAUCGCGCCGGGCGAUGAGACCGCUCACCGCAUCGAUUCGCAGUUCCUCAUUGGGGACACGCUGCUGGUGGCGCCAGUCCUGGAGCCCGGCAAGCAGGAACGCGACGUCUACCUGCCCGCCGGCAAGUGGCGCAGCUACAAGGGCGAGCUGUUCGACAAGACGCCGGUACUGCUCACGGAUUACCCUGUCGACCUGGAUGAGAUCGCCUACUUCACCUGGGCGUCCUAGCCCAGGACCUAGGAACGCCACGGCUCUAGCCCAAGCUUUCGUGUGGACUUUUAAUCAUCUACCACGUCUAAACCGCGUACCCCCAGGAAGCCCCCAUCCCUGUACCUCCUAGUAAGUGGGUGGUGACUUAAAUGCGCUCCAUUCGGGGCUAGGGAAAUGGGUAAGGGGUAAGUGGGAAGACACUUGCUGCACAAGGCAAGAGGACCUGAGCUCAGAUACCCAGUAUCCAUGUAAAUGCUGGGUGGGUGUGGUGACCCUGUCAACCCAGAGUCAUCGAGAGAUACCCCCACAUCAACUUAGGGCCUCCACACACGUGUGCACACAUGUGAACAUACAGACACACAUGCAGACACACCACACCCACACACGCAAAGGGGGGAGGGAAAGUGAUCCAUCUAACUGCUGUGUUUGUGGGACCUGGGAGAGGGGGUGCUGACAACCUGCCUCCCCCCCACAAUUCUCUCUGUAUCCUCCACACUCACGCCAGUCUGCAGAAACCUCUUCCCUGUGAUAGAAGCCAAAGCGCUCAGAGGACAGAGGUCUGCUUUCUGCUUUUAAAAGCACGAACAGAAACUUCUCCCUUCCUCUAACCUUUGUGGCCAUCUUAUCUUUCUGAGGUGAGGACUUUAUCCUCCUUAUAAGCCUCAAAAUAGUUCCUGCCACAUUUAGAAAGCGCUCUUGGUGUUUAAAGCCAGGACCUGAGUUCCCAGCACAUACCUGAACAGUGAUUGACCUGGUCCACUCCCACUGUGGAGAAGGGUUCGGCCGCUGAUUAAGAAGUAGGAGGCCCUGUUCCAGGAAACAGGAGGACUGGGUUCAGCCGGAAGCAAUCACCGUUGUCCUCUGUCUGCGGAGAGACUCCUAACACUGCACUAACCCACCCUGCACUCACUCACUUGCUCAGCCCUGGACCAAAUGUGUCUGAUGCAGGGACAUUCAGGCCAGACUUGGUGCCUUAACUCAAGAAUGUGUGUGUGUGUGUAUGCAUGCAUAUGCGUAUGCGUGUGUGUGCACGUGCGUGCGUGCAUACCUGUAUAAGAGAAUGCUGCCAGGAGUCCCUGAAUCUACAAAACACCCAAUAUUGCCAAGACUAGAUAAGUCUGGAGACAGGAUGCAGGGGACAAACUUAGGGCUUCGAUUGUUGUGUUAGCCCGCUCCCAGGUAGCUUCCCUGAGACUCUGAUAGGAAAUAAACAGCUUUUUCAUGAUUACUUAUCUGUCUCUGUGUACACAUGCUCAGGUACAGCCUAAAAAUGUACAGUGUUCUUAUUCUGAUGGUGGUGUGGUUGGGACACGAGUGACAUGUACACACACAGGCUAAGGUCUUUGAUCUCACCCGUUUUCCCUUUCAGUCAACCUCAUUCAGAAUGAGUUUUUCCUGACUUUACAGCUUUGUCUGGGGAAGGACUUGCCAGAGGGAGAGUUGGGAAACGUGGUGGAACUCAGCUUCCCUCAGCAGCUCUGGCAGUACAGCCAGCGCCAUAACUAACACACCACCUCAGAAUGCUUCCCUUUAUUGACUCAACAUGGAAAGCGCGUGAAGAAAGCUUCGGGGUCCCCACACGUGCCCAUCUCCAGUGCUGGUGCUGCUGCUGAUCCCUCCCUCCCUCCCUCUCUCUCUCUUUCUCUCUUUCUUGGGUGGGGGGCAACAUUGAAGAUUGAACCCUAGGCUCCAAGCAUACCACGCAAGCCAUGUACCACUGAGCUACAGUCCCAGCCUUCCAGUGGUGAUUCUAUCCAUUUAUCAACUGGCUAUGUAACUUUGAAUGAGCUGCUUAACCUUACCGAGCCUCAGUCUUUUCUAUGUAAAAGUGAUAAUAAUGUCUACCUCCAAGGUCAUUGUAAGAAUAAGCACAGAUGUAUGUAAAGUGCCUGGCACAAAGUAGGUGCUCAAUAAAAGGUAGCUAUUAUAAUACUA